GCUAAGCUGCGAAAAACGGAAUACCUUAGCAUACCGUAAUGUUUGAAAAAUUAUCUAAUCAAAGCAAUGGGCAGAUUAUUGCCAGUUAUAUGUGGAAAAUAAAACAAUAUUCUCAUAGGGAAAUCUAGAUUAUAUCUUUAGAUUUAUCUUUAGGUUAGAUUAUUUCCUUUUUAUUUGUCUGCGCAUGGCAUCUCUUCAGUGGAGCUUGACAUUAUUUCUACGGCCGCCAUCUUGGAUGAUAGCGUGAAGAUGAUGGGAUCAGGGGGAGCACCGAUUUUAGUGCUAAAUCAAAACACAAAGAGAGAACAAGGGCGUAAAGUUCAGCUCGGAAAUGUGAAGGCUGCGAAGACCAUCGCUGAUGUGAUAAGGACAUGUCUUGGGCCCAGGGCCAUGUUAAAGAUGCUGAUGGAUCCCAUGGGAGGCAUUGUAAUGACAAAUGAUGGAAAUGCAAUCCUGAGAGAGAUCACUGUACAGCAUCCUGCAGCUAAGUCUAUGAUUGAGAUUGCCCGCACACAGGAUGAGGAGGUGGGAGACGGGACCACAUCAGUCAUCAUAUUGGCUGGUGAAAUGCUAGCAGUUGCUGAGCCAUUCCUCCUGCAAGAAAUGCACCCGACCAUCAUAAUAUCGGCCUUCAGACAGGCCCUGGAGGAUAUGGUGGAGAUUCUAAGGGAAAAAGCUAGUGUUCCAGUAGACAUAAGUAACAGGGCUGAAAUGAUGAAGAUUGUACAGAGCUGCAUAGGGACCAAGUUUCUUAAGAAAUGGUCCAAUUUAGCUUGUGAAAUAGCACUAGAUGCUACAGCAUGUGUGGCUCUUGAAGAAAAUGGAAGGAGAGAAAUUGACAUUAAACGCUAUGCCAAAGUGGAAAAGGUCCCAGGUGGCACAAUUGAAGAAUCCACAGUACUCAAGGGUGUGAUGCUCAACAAGGAUGUUACUCACCCAAAGAUGAAGAGACGAAUUGAAAAUCCCAGAAUAGUUCUAUUAGACUGCUCAUUAGAAUAUAAGAAAGGAGAAAGUCAGACUGCUAUAUUGUUGCUGCGUAUAGAUGACAUCGUAUCUGGCGUGAAAAAGCAGGCCGAUUUGGACAAACCUCAGGCAGGAUUUGAACCAGCACCAGAAGCACCUGAACAGUAG